UUCACAGUCACCUAGUGGAGAAGACUUACCAGUCCGAGUUGGUUGAUCGGAGGUAACGAAACGCACCGACUGGCAUCGCGCGGGACAAGAACAAGGACGACAACAAGAACCUCGUUCGUUACGUCCCGUGCGCCUCCUCACCUCCUCCACGUUCCUCGCGCACGGCACGAUGAACGCAUUCUGGAGGUCUGGACACUGUGGACAGCAGCGCUCAGUGAGAAACGGGAUUUAGUGGCAGCGGCGGUGCCCGAGCCAAAGACUCUGGCAGCCAACUCGUGAGGAGGGUUUCAAACCUUUUCCACUGUUGGAUUUUAAAUUAUUUUUAUGGGUUUUUAUGAAGUUUACGGAGAUUCGGUUAUUUUUUUUUCUUUUCAUGAAUGAUUGGUGACAUUUGAAUGACAUCUGAAAUUUGGAAAGCUAACAUUUGCUCUGAAAACGGGAUAUUUUGGGUCAGUGGUGGGGCCGCUGUUCUGCUGGACAGCAUGCAAACGGACGAUGUUGUCUGAGUCGGGCCGUGCUGCUCUGCGUCUCACCUCUUCGUCCAGAGGAAUGACGGCUCCGUGGUGUUCGCUCUGGCUUUCCUUCUUCCUGCCUCUGUGCGUCGCUCCGGCCAGGCUGCCCACUGCUCAGCCCACAGACUCUGUGUCCAGUGAGACAGCCUUCCUGGAGAACUAUGCUCUGGGUGUGGGGGACACCCUGGAAAUGUCAUGUGAGGUGGAAGACUCCUCAGCGGCAGUCGUCUGGUUCAAAGAUGGCGCCAGACUGGUGCCUAGCAAUCGAACACAGCUGGUCCAGAGGAUGUUGCGCAUCAUCAACGUGUCAUACGAGGACACGGCCGUCUACUCAUGCCGGCUUGCACACAGCAACACCCUGCUCAGCAACUACACCAUCAGGGUGACUGAUUCUCUGUCGUCUGGUGAUGAUGAAGACUAUGAUGAAGAUCCAGAAGAUGCAGAAGCGCCGUACUGGACCAGACCUGACCGGAUGGACAAGAAGCUUCUGGCUGUUCCUGCUGCCAACACUGUCAAGUUCCGCUGUGCCGCAGCUGGAAACCCGACGCCAACCAUCCACUGGCUGAAGAACGGCAAGGAAUUCAAGGGAGAGCAGCGGAUGGGAGGCAUCAAGCUGAGACACCAGCAGUGGAGUCUGGUGAUGGAGAGUGCUGUGCCAUCAGACCGGGGAAACUACACCUGCGUGGUUCAGAAUAACUACGGCACCAUCACCCACACCUACCAGCUGGAUGUGCUAGAGCGCUCCCCUCACAGACCCAUCCUCCAAGCGGGCCUGCCAGCCAACCAGACGGUGGUGGUGGGCAGCGACGUGGAGUUUCACUGCAAGGUCUACAGCGACGCCCAGCCACACAUCCAAUGGCUGAAACACAUGGAGGUCAACGGCAGCCGCUACAGCCCCGAUGGCGCUCCAUAUGUCAACGUCCUGAAGAGCAUUGUCAGUAAUCUCACUGAGGCCCACAGUAAGUUGAAACUGUCCAACGUGACAGAGAAAGAUGCUGGGAAGUAUCGGUGCCGUGCCUCAAACUUUGUAGGCAAGUCGGAAAUCACUUUCUGGCUUAACGUACACAAAGCAGCUGUGAGCCCAGGAAAGGAAGACUACUAUGCUGACAUCCUCAUCUAUGUGACCGGCUGCGUGCUCUUCAUCCUCGCCGUGGUCAUCGGCGUCCUCUGCCGCAUGAAGAUGACCGCACAGAAGACGCUACCAACGCCACCUGUGCAAAAGCUCUCAAAGUUUCCCCUCAAGAGACAGGUAACAGUGUCCUUGGAUUCCAACUCCUCCAUGAACUCCAACACCCCACUGGUCAGGAUCGCCCGCCUGUCAUCCAGCGACGGACCCAUGCUGGCCAACGUCUCCGAGCUGGAACUACCACCCGAUCCCAAAUGGGAGUUUCCUCGGACACGGCUAACUCUGGGUAAACCUCUGGGCGAGGGCUGCUUCGGGCAGGUGGUGAUGGCCGAGGCGGUCGGCAUCGACAAGGAGAAGCCCAACAAGCCUCUCACUGUUGCAGUGAAAAUGCUGAAAGAUGACGCCACAGAUAAAGAUUUGUCAGACCUGGUAUCAGAGAUGGAGAUGAUGAAGAUGAUUGGAAAACACAAAAACAUUAUCAACCUGCUGGGAGCUUGUACUCAGGACGGUCCUCUGUAUGUUCUGGUAGAAUACGCCUCCAAAGGCAACCUGAGGGAGUACCUGCGGGCACGGCGGCCACCCAGCAUGGACUACUCCUUUGACACCUGUAAAAUCCCAGACGAGCAGCUCACCUUUAAAGACCUGGUGUCCUGCGCCUACCAGGUCGCCCGUGGCAUGGAGUACCUCGCCUCGCAGAAGUGUAUCCACAGAGACCUGGCAGCCAGAAAUGUCCUUGUGACGGAGGACAACGUUAUGAAGAUCGCCGACUUCGGCCUAGCCAGAGACGUGCACAAUAUAGACUACUACAAAAAGACCACGAAUGGUCGUCUUCCCGUGAAAUGGAUGGCUCCGGAGGCCCUGUUCGACCGGGUCUACACGCACCAGAGCGACGUGUGGUCUUAUGGGGUGUUGCUGUGGGAGAUCUUCACACUGGGAGGUUCACCUUAUCCCGGAAUCCCAGUAGAAGAAUUAUUUAAGCUGCUGAAGGAGGGACAUCGGAUGGACAAACCUGCCAACUGCACCCAUGAACUGUAUAUGAUAAUGAGGGAGUGCUGGCACGCGGUGCCGUCGCAGAGACCGACCUUUAGACAGCUGGUAGAAGAUCAUGACCGGGUUUUAUCAAUGACCUCCACCGAUGAGUACCUGGACCUGUCGGUGCCCUUUGAGCAGUAUUCGCCCACCUGUCAGGACUCCAACAGCACCUGCUCCUCUGGUGACGACUCGGUGUUCACCCACGACCCACUGCCUGACGAGCCCUGUCUUCCCAAACAGCCUCCCAGUAACGGCAUGGUUAGGACAUAAAACCUGAGCUGGGUGGGGAGGGUUGGACAUUAACCUCCUCUAACAUUUUGUGAUUAAUCACCUCUCAGUGACACAGGUUCCUCAAGAUAUGGAAAGAAAAACUCUGCAUGCCAUCCUUCGACAGUGCUUCAGCUCUUCAGUUUGUCUUAAACUCUUGGUCAAAAAUCCUCUUUUAACAAGAUUUUCCUCAUCUUCCUCCUCGUCCUUCCCCCAAAAGACUUUUUAAACAUUGAAGGAUUAUUGUUUGCCGUUGUACCAUGUUUGUGUUCUUCUUUUCAGAAAUGAAAUUAUAUUUUUGUACUUGGGCCAGUCUUUUGUUACAGACAAUCUGUGCAGUGAAACCAUUCUGUGCCUACUGGGAUAAAACCUCCUGAGACAGAAAAAAAGACAAGAAAGGGAUCAAAGAGGAGGGAAUAAAGGGCAUUGACCAGCGGUCCAGUAGGUGAUGGCCAUUUUCAUCCUCUCAUCUGCAUGGAGCCCUUAGAUUGUGAUAAAAAGUUUGCAACCUGAAAGAGAAAAUCCGUUGAGAAGGUACCAGCAAAGCCUGAAUCGACCUCAUGAUGGGACUCGUUCUUCCGAAGAUAUUCAGUAACUUAACUUUUACUGAAGACGUUCAACAACAGGAAGAAUUACAGGAGCAUGUUUCCUCAUGAAUUUGCCCUUCCAUUAUCACAGUUCAGCAUCCCAGAACAAAUUCCUCAUCAGACGUGAGGCACAUUUUCAGGGCCAUUCAGUAAUAAGUACAGCAAGGUUCGGAGGGUUUUUGUGAAUCUAGAAAAUGAUUUAUUGUAAAUAUACAAAUGCAAAUAUGUAUCAUAACGCUGUCCGCGGCCAUGUGCAUAAAAGACAAAAAAAUUACUUUUUUUAAAGUAUUGUUUUAGGAUGGAAGUGUUGCCGUCUAGAAGACACUGUUACAACAUGUAAGACAUUUAACCAUUUAAAGUGACACAGAAAAGGUUUAUUUGAAUAAUUAAAUUGUAUAUUUGUAAAGAUAUUUAUAGACUUAACAUGUGGUUCUUCAGUUCGAAAGACCUAGUUUAGGAUUUUAGUACUGUACGCAAAGAUUUUUAUUUCGAUUUUUUUGUAACUUAUUUUACAACAGAACUGCGACGUUACUUUCACAACUGGCAGACUCCUCUGGUUUUUGAUCAAUCUUUUCUUGUUUGUUUGUUUACAGUUGUGAACAAAAAGAAUGUAUGACAGACCCGAAGAUGAUAUUUGAGAGCGAGUGUGAUUUGACCACCAGAGGAGGACUUGGACUGGACUGAAGGCUCCUGCUGACAGGAGCCGGAUGGUCCAGAUUCUGGUUUGAAAAGUUGACGUUUGCAAUGUCAAAGCAACGAUUAACUCUUGCUGGACAAGAAGUAGCAGCGUUUCGAGAUAUGUACCAGAGAGGCCUUUUAGUAAGUAGUGGAUUAGUACGGAAAGACAUAUUGAACAACAUCAACAACACCUAGCUGUGAAUCAUGAGAAGCCUUCAGACAACCUCAGCAGCUAUCACACCAUUUCACUGUUCAGACUGUGAUGUUUAAAAGAUUCUAGGACCUUUUGCCUCCUAGUGCAUCACAUGUACAGUAGAUUAGCUUCUCAUCAUUUUCUCUGUGUCGAAUGUAUAAAGUGUAGUGUGUUCCAAAAUCCAUAAUCCCACAGUGGAACACAAAAUGCCCAAAAUAUGUAUGCCUUAUGCUAAAACAUCAAAUCCCACAAUGCAAUGCUACCCAUUCCCCGCCCCCCCAAAAUAUGUCAGAGUUGUGCAAAAUUGCACCAGCUAAACAAUGAAUUAACAAAAACAAAAUCAUUACACAUUAGAAUAGUCAGUGAAAAAGUGAACAUUUCACAGAAAUGAUUAACUCCACUUCCCAAAAUGCUUUUCAGUAUCUAUCAGCCAAUGUGCUCAAACUUGUGGCAUUUAGAAAAAUGUUAACACAUUAAAAAGAAACAGUGACGCUAGAGAUUUUAAGAGCAAAAUAACAAAAAAGAAAUGUGAAUGUUUCAUCUUUUAAGCCAAACUUGUAAGGUUUAUAAGAUGCACUGCAUUGUGGGGUUUUGAGUCCUGUAAGGGUGAAGACAUGAUCAGGUCUUAUUUUUGUUUGUUUUUUGUCAGUGGCAUUAAUCUGGAAGAAUCUCUCCCUCUUUGACUCUGAGCCUUGAAACUAAAAUCUGACAUUUAUUAAAUAUAUACAAUAAUAAAAAAAUAGAUACACCAAAUGACAAAGAGGAUACAUAAACUCAAAGUAUAUAACCAUGAUGUGUUUGAACAGUGUUAAAGCAUUUAUGGGUGGAUGGGUAUUUUUCUUUUUAAAUGUGCUUCCGAAGGCUUCAGACUUGUAUAGUAACAGAAAAUUGACAGGCUCGAUGCUAAUGUGUGUGUUGUGCCACUCAGCAGCCAUGCGCACACUCAUGGAUAAAAACAUUGUCCUUUUGUGCUCGAGUGUUGCUAGAAAACCUGCCUAGACACUUGAGAUUUUAUCGCUGCUCUAUAGUAUUAAUCCCAAAAUGAAGGCAUGCCGUGUGAUCUUAAGUUGCACAGCAAAAAAGAAA